AUGGCACUGAAUCCAGAGGAUGCGCUCGAUUCAAGCAAAGGAAAAAAGGAGAAAGAAGUUAAAAAUUGUCGCUGGUCCGAGAAGGAAACAAGAAGCCUUAUCAAAGAGUGGAAGGAUAAUGUCACAGAGCUGGAAAGCAGUCGCAAUAGACAGGCAUGGUUAAAAAUUAUAAAUAAUGUAAAUAAAAAUGGACCGAAAAAAACUGUCGAGCAAGCCAAGAAAAAACUUUCAAAUUUAAAAGACGGCUACAAAAAAGCAAAGGAGAACAAUAGAAAGAGUGGCGCUGCUCCAGAUUUUCCUCCAUUCUUUGAGGAUUUUGAUGAAGUUUUGUCAUGCAGGCCAAUCGUUGAAUUGGAUUUGGUAAGAGAAGUUGGGGUAGCUGUCGAGGAGGAUAACUCUUGUGAAGAUAGAAGUGUGGUAGAAAAAGGGGUAGAGGCUGUGGAAUUGGAAGAGGAGGGUAAUAAAGAAGACAAUGGAUAUGGCGAUAGACAUGAUGAUGAUUAUGAUGAUGAUGAUGUUCACGAUGAGGAUGAAGAUGAUGAUGCUGAUAGCAAUGGUAACAAAAAGAGGAAAAAAGGAAUGAGCUCUACCAGAAAAAGUGGGAAAAAAGCAAAAAAAGUCAAAGAGAACUUCAAAAAUAAGUUUCUGGAGAUGCAAGAAAGGCAGAUGGAGGCAUUGAGGGAAUCAGAUCAGAGGAAUAGAGAGUUUUUGAUGCAGCUGGAAGAACAGCAGAGAAAAGCAGCGAUUGGAGAAAAGGAACGAGAUAGAAUUUUUUAUGCAGUUGGCAACUCUUUUGGCUAA